UUCAUUUUUUUUUGUUGCAGUUAAAUUAUACAAGUAUUUAACAUAAAAUGGUUGGCAGAAUUAAUAGCAUUGCAAUUGAUGACAGUAAAACAAGUGAACUAGCAUUUGAUUGGUAUGUUCAGCAUUAUCAUCGUUCUGAGGAUUCAUUGACAAUAUUUCAUUUGCAACAAAUCCCAAAAAUUCCAGCAAUGGGUUUAUUAUCUGGAUCUAUUGAAAUAAAUGAUGAGUAUAGGGCUAUCAUUCGUGAUAGUGUAGAAAAAACACGAGCUUUAUUGCAAAAAUACAAAGCACUUUGUCAUUCAUUCAACAUAGAAUUUAAAGUUGUUUUAAAUGACUCUUAUUCAUCACCAGGCAAAAUGAUUGUUGAUAUGGCUAAAACUCAUAAUGUAGAUGUCAUAAUUACUGGACAGAGAGGCUUGAGUCAAUUAAGUAAAUUUUUUUUAGGUAGUACCAGUGAUUAUGUUUUGCAUAAUUCUCAUGUACCUGUUAUUGUUAUUCCUCCUCAAAUUAAUUCUACUGAGUAAAUUUAUAUGCUCUGUUGCUGUGCCAAGUUGUGACCUUGUCUUCCAACAACCUAAGCAACAAUGAGAGAAAAAAAAAAAGAAGGGACAAAAGUUGCAUUCUGAUUUUCAAAGUCUUUAGACUACAUUUGAAUGAUUUUUAUUUUCCAAUUAUUUAAUUAAAGACUUCUUGAAUAUAACUAAAUCAAAACUAAUUUUAAUUGUAUUCUGCAUGUUUGUGUGUGUAUGCGUGUGUGUGUGUGUGUUUGCAUAAAGUUAUACUAUAAACACUUUUUUAUGUGUUUUGUAUAUCAUAUUGAGAAGGCUUUGAGUGCUUUAAACGUAAUUAAUAAUUUGAGAAUAAGAUCUUAUUUUUGAAUGUUUUACUUUUUUAAAUAAUGCAAUUUAAAUUUUAUAGAGUUUAUUUGAUUUAUCAAAAACACUUUAAAUUUUUUUAUUACUGUAACCUUAUGUCUGUAAAUAUAUACUAUUAGUUAUUUUAAUGUACUGUUUUUUAUUGUUGGGAAGGGUAAGAGUCUCUUAUUAUUACAAAAAUUUUCUUGUUCUUUUUGUUCUACUAGUAUUUACUUUUCUGGUAUAGAAAACAGCAAUACUAAUUAGCAAUUUUUGAAUGGAACAAUCAGAAAUUUUACCUGAUAAAGUAGAGAGUGCCUUGAAACAAAACAUCAAUUUGUUACUUACAAAAAAUAAAGAACACAAUGCAAAUCAAGAACAAGUAAUAUCUUGUGCAAUCGAGAACUUUUACUCUUCUCUGCAAGAGCUGCGUUCAUUUUUUAUCCAAUCAAAACAACUUCACAAAGAGUUAAAUGAAUCAUUUUAUGAACAACUUGAAGUGAAGAACAUGAAAGAUGAAUUGCAACGAAAAAAUAAUCUUCUGAAAGAGCAGUCAAAAAAAUUGUCAAGAUACAGAGCUGAGCUGGAGGUGAUACAAGAAGCUCAGCUUCAGGCUUUAUCCAUGCGAUAACUUUUUAAGGAAGGCUGAAAAUGUUUUAUCAAUAUUUGUAUUUUUUAUUUCAUUCGUGUUUUUUGUUUCA